AUGGAUAACUUGAGAAUUGGAAAACUGGAUGCAACUGAUGAAGAGAUAAUUGAAGCAGCAAAAACAGCUAAUGUGCACUCUUUCAUAUCCAAACUUCCAGAUCAAUACUCGACUGAGGUAGGAGAAAGAGGUGUGCAACUAUCAGGAGGUCAGAAACAGAGAAUAGCUAUUGCAAGGGCUAUACUAAAAGAUCCCCCCAUUCUUCUUCUUGAUGAAGCCACAAGUGCACUUGAUUCAGAAUCAGAGAAGCUAGUUCAGGAUGCUCUUGACAGAGCUAUGAAAGGGAGGACUGUUAUCUUUAUUGCCCACAGAAUGUCAACAAUAAUAAAUGCAGACAAGAUUGUUAUUGUGGAGAAUGGGAGAGUAGCUCAACACGGAACACAUGAAGAAUUGUUGGAGAGAAGUACAUUCUACUCGAGUGUAUGCAGUAUGCAAAGUCUAGAAAAGAAAUCCAGCAAGAGUGAAGACAGAUUUACUGAUCAGGUCGAAGAAGAACAAGACAGUGCAACGUAUAAAGAACAAUCUUUUGCUGCAUAUGAACAAGAGAAGAAACCAGAACCGACCUCAAAGCAAUCGAAGCAAAGUAUCAGAAAGAGAACGUCUGCUUUCAACAGGAUAUUCCUCGGAACUUUUAAACUGGUGCCAGGAAAGGUUCUGGUGGGCUCCACAGCAGCAGCAAUCUCUGGGAUCUCAAGGCCUCUAUUUGCUUUCUAUAUCAUGACAGUUGGCAUAGCAUACUUCGAUGCAGAUGCAAAUAAAAAAGUCAGCAAGUACUCGAUUAUUUUGUUCCUAAUAGGGAUGUUAACAUUUUUCAGUAACAUCUUCCAGCACUAUAUCUACGGCCUGGUCGGCGAAAGGGCAAUGAAUAACCUAAGGGAGGGCCUGUUUUCAGUAAUAAAUGCAGUUGUUCUUCGAAGUGAAAUAGGUUGGUUCGAGGAACCAAAAAACAGUGUUGGCUUCCUGACCUCACGUGUUGUCAGUGACACCUCCAUGGUAAAAACGAUUAUAUCUGAUCGAAUGGCUGUCAUGGUUCAAUGCAUCUCUUCAAUUAUUAUAGCAACAGCGUUAAGCACAGCAGUGAACUGGAGGAUGGGUCUAGUUGCAUGGGCUAUGAUGCCAUGUCACUUCAUCGCUGGCCUUGUACAGGUCAGGUCAGCAAAAGGUUUUGCCACUGACAACUCUAAGUCUCACCGGAAGCUCAUCUCACUCACUUCAGAGGCUGUUAGCAACAUCCGCACUGUGGCCUCUUUUGUUCAGGAAGAAGAAAUACUCAGGAAAGCAGAUUUGGCAUUGCAAGAACCGAUGCGGAUAAGCAGGAUUGAGAGUAUCAACUAUGGUGCGGUACAGGGGAUUUCCCUCUGCUUGUGGCAUAUGACACAUGCUAUUGCAUUGAGUUAUACCAUUGUGCUACUUGACAGGAAACUAGCAACAUUUGAAAACUGUGUACGAUCAUACCAAGCAUUUGCAAUGACAAUACCUUCCAUCACAGAGCUAUGGUCCUUGAUCCCUAUGGUCAUGUCCGCCAUUGCGAUAUUGGAUCCUGCACUAGACAUUCUUGACAGAGAAACACAGAUUGUGCCGGAUGAACCAAAAUUGAACUGUGAGGACAGAAUUGUAGGUAAUGUUGAGUUCGAAGAUGUUAGUUUCAGCUAUCCCUCGAGACCAGAAGUGAUCAUACUAGAUGGAUUCAGUCUAGCUAUCGAAUCAGGCCAAAGGGUCGCAUUGGUUGGGCCAAGUGGUUCGGGAAAAUCCACAGUGUUGGCUCUGCUGCUAAGAUUCUACAAUCCUUGCAGCGGCCGGGUACUUAUAGACGGUAAGGACAUCAGAGGCUACAACCUCAAGAGCCUGAGAAAGCAGAUAGGACUGGUGCAGCAAGAGCCAAUCUUGUUCAACCUGUCUAUAAGACAGAAUAUCAGCUAUGGAAAUGAAGGCGCAUCAGAAACAGAAAUAGUGGAGGCCGCAAUGGAGGCAAACAUCCAUGACUUCAUAAGCAGCCUGUCAAAAGGGUAUGAUACUGUGGUCGGGGACAAAGGAAGCCAACUUUCCGGAGGUCAAAAGCAGAGGAUAGCUGUGGCAAGAACUAUACUGAAGAAGCCCGUCAUACUGCUACUAGAUGAGGCGACAAGUGCUCUAGAUGGUGAAUCUGAGAGGGUGGUAAUGAACACCCUCAGUGCAAAAGGGUGGAAAAACAAGGGUGAGCUCUCAAGCAAGAUCACAAGUAUCACGAUUGCCCACAGGCUGUCCACAGUCACAAACGCAGAUGUAAUUGUCGUGAUGGACAAAGGUGAGGUGGUAGAGACGGGUAGCCACGCAACAUUAGUCUCAGCAAGCAAUGGUGUUUACUCGAGACUGUACAAUAUGCAAAUCAAAGCAGGGAAAGACUGAUCUCAUGAUCAGUC